UCUUCAGAUGGUAAUAAUGGCCAGAGCCAAGCACCUUCUUUUGCUGGGGUCCCACCCUCAGGAAUGCCACCGCCUUUUGUAAGUUGGUGUUGGAAAAUCUUCUCUAUGUUCCCAAUGGCAUCUCAAAAUGGAGUUACAUUGAGUGUGUUGAAUCUCACAGCUUGUCUUUCAAUUUUCUCCUGUCUAGAUGGGACCACCAGGAAUGCCGCCUCAUUACCCACCAAUGGGAAUGCCACCCAUGGGACAAAGGCCUCCCAACAUGGCUCCCAUGCCACCUGGAAUGAUGCCACCUGGCAUGAUGCCACCAAUGGGAGGGCCACCGAUGGGACAGGUAGGCCUACUAUCAAGCUUAGAUGUCCACUUGUAGUCCCAGAACAUAGGCUAGACUUACAGAUCAAUACUUUUGUAUUUGUUGGAAUUUUCCAGUUUAGCUCUCAACAACCCAACUCACCAGUAUGUAGCCUCGUGUAAUGGUUUGAUUUUCAUUCAAUGUAGGCCUAUUGAAUUUUGCCUGCGACUUAGAUAAUACAAUGUUGGAGUGGGACCAGAUUCUAGCUUUGGUUGACUUUCCAGUUACAGUACCUUCAGAAAGUAUUCACACCCCUUUACUUUUUCCACAUUUUGUUGUUACAAAUUAGGAUUAAAAUGGAUUUAAUCUACACAAAAUACUAAUGUCAAAGUGGAAGAAAAAUGACACAAAACACUAAAAUAUCUUGAUUAGAUUGGUAUUUAACCUACUGAGUCAAUACAUAUUAGAAUCACCUUUGGCAGCGAUUACAGCUGUGAGUCUUUUUGGGUAAGUCUCUAAGAGCUUUGCACACCUGGAUUGAAUAAUAUUAGCCCAUUAUUCUUUUUUAAAGUCUUCAAGCUCUGUGAAGUUGGUUGUUGAUCACUGCUAGAUAGCCAUUUUGAAGUCUUGUCAUAGAUUUUCAAGCCGAUUUAAGUCAAAACUGUAACUCUGCCACUCAAGAACAUUCAAUGUCAUCUGGGAAAGCAACUCCAGUGUAUAUUAGGUCUUGUGUUUUAGGUUAUUGUCCUGCUGAAAGGUGAAUUUGUCUCCCAGUGUCUGUUGGAAAACAGACUGAACCAGGUUUUCCUCUAGGAUUUUGCCUGUGCUCAGCUCUAUUCCAUUUCUUUGUAUCCCCAAAAAAACUCCUUGGUCCUUGCCGAUGACAAGCAUAUCCAUAACAUGAUGCAGCCACCACCAUGCUUUAAAAUACGAAGAGUGUUACUCAGUGUUGUUGGAUUUGCCCCAAACAUAAUGCUUUGUAUUCAGGACAAAAAAUUAAUUCCAGUGUUAGGUUAGUGCCUUAUUGCAAACAGGAUGCAUGUUUUGGAAUAUUUUUAUUCUUUACGUACUUAUUUUCACUCUGUCAUUUAGGUUAGUAAUGUGGAGUAACUACAAUGUUGUUGAUCCAUCCUGUAACAUUUAAAAUCACAAUUUGUCUAAUGGUGAAAUCCCUGAGUGGUUUCCUUCCUCUCCAGCUACUGAGUUAGGAAGGACGCCUGUAUCUUUGUAGUGACUGGGUGUAUUGAUACACCAUCCAUAGCGUAAUUAAUAACUUCACCAUGCUCAAAGGGAUGUUUAGUGUCUGCUUUUUUUUGUACCCAUCUACCAAUAGGUGCCCUUCUUUGUAAGGCAUUGGAAAACCUCCCUGGUCUUUGUGGUUUAAUCUUUGCUUGAAAUUCACUACUCGACUGAGGGACCUUACAUAGAUAAUUGUAUGUGUGGGGUACAGAGAUGGGAUAAUCAUUCAAAAAUCAUGUUAAUCACUAUUAUUGCACACAGUGAGUCCAUGCAACUUUAUUAUUAUUAUUACUGCUGAACUUAUUUAGGCUUGCCAUAACAAAUGGGUUGAAUACUUAUUGACUCAAGAUAUUUCAGCUUUACAUUUUUUAAUUAAUUUGUAAACAUUUCAAAAAAAUGAUUCCACUGGGCUAUUGUGUGUGUGUGUAUGUAGAUCAGUGGCGCAAUCUAAAUUUAAGGCUGUAACACAACAAAAUGUGGAAAAUGUCAAGGGGUGUGAAUACUUUCUGAAGGCAGUGUAUGCAAGCUAAAUUAGGAAUUUACAUGGCCAGAUCAUUCUUACAGUGAGGGAAAAAAGUAUUUGAUCCCCUGCUGAAUUUGUACGUUUGCCCACUGACAAAGAAAUGAUCAGUCUAUAAUUUUAAUGGUAGGUUUAUUUGAACAGUGAGAGACAGAAUAACAACAAAAAAAUCCAGAAAAAUGCAUGUCAGAAAUGUUAUAAAUUGAUUUGCAUUUUAAUGAGGGAAAUAAGUAUUUGACCCCCUCUCAAUCAGAAAGAUUUCUGGCUCCCAGGUGUCUUUUAUACAGGUAACGAGCUGAGAUUAGGAGCACACUCUUAAAGGGAGUGCUCCUAAUCUCAGUUUGUUACCUGUAUAAAAGACAGCUGUCCACAGAAGCAAUCAAUCAGAUUCCAAACUCUCCACCUUGGCCAAGACCAAAGAGCUCUCCAAGGAUGUCAGGGACAGAAUUGUAGACCUACACAAGGCUGAAAUGGGCUACAAGACCAUCGCCAAGCAGCUUGGUGAGAAGGUGACAACAGUUGGUGCGAUUAUUCGCAAAUGGAAGAAACACAAAGAACUGUCAAUCUCCCUCGGCCUGGGGCUCCAUGCAAGAUCUCACCUCGUGGAGUUGCAAUGAUCAUGAGAACGGUGAGGAAUCAGCCCAGAACUACACGGGAGGAUCUUGUCAAUGAUCUCAAGGCAGCUGGGACCAUAGUCACCAAGAAAACAAUUGGUAACACACUACGCCGUGAAGGACUGAAAUCCUGCAGCGCCCGCAAGGUCCCCCUGCUCAAGAAAGCACAUAUACAUGCCCGUCUGAAGUUUACCAAUGAACUGAAUGAUUCAGAGGAGAACUGGGUGAAAGUGUUGUUGUCAGAUGAGACCAAAAUGGAGCUCUUUGGCAUCAACUCAACUCGCCGUGUUUGGAGGAGGAGGAAUGCUGCCUAUGACCCCAAGAACACCAUCCCCACCGUCAAACAUGGAGGUGGAAACAUUAUACUUUGGGGGGGGUUUUCUGCUAAGGGGACAGGACAACUUCACCACAUCAAAAGGAACGAUGGACGGGGCCAUGUACCGUCAAAUUUGGGUGAGAACCUCCUUCCCUCAGCCAGGGCAUUGAAAAUGGGUCGUGGAUGGGUAUUCCAGCAUGACAAUGACCCAAAACACAUGGCCAAGGCAACAAAGGAGUGGCUCAAGAAGAAGCAUAUUAAGGUCCUGGAGUGGCCUUGCCAGUCGCCAGACCUUAAUCUCAUAGAAAAUCUGUGGAGGGAGCUGAAGGUUCGAGUUGCCAAACGUCAGCCUCGAAACCUUAAUGACUUGGAGAAGAUCUGCAAAGAGGAGUGGGACAAAAUCGCUCCUGAGAUGUGUGCAAAUCUGGUGGCCAACUACAAGAAAGUCUGACCUCUGUGAUUGCCAACAAGGGUUUUGCGACCAAGUACUAAGUCAUGUUUUGCAGAGGGGUCAAAUACUUAUUUCCCUCAUUAAAAUGCAAAUCAAUUUAUAACAUUUUUGAUAUGCGUUUUUCUGGAUUUUGUUGUUGUUAUUCUGUCUCUCACUGUUCAAAUAAACCUACCAUUAAAAUUAUAGACUGAUCAUUACUUUGUCAGUGUGCAAACGUACAAAAUCAGCAGGGGAUCAAAUACUUUUUUCCCUCACUGUAUAUAUGUUUGACAUAUUUCUGCUGUUGGGAAGAAAAUAGGAUCUUAUGCAGAAAAAUAUGUUGGUAGGACAAGGCUAUGUAUGUUUGUGCACAUGGAAGUCAGUGAUUUAUGUUUACUAUAGGUUAAUGAGGCAAUACAAAUGUGUUGUGACUAAAAUGAAGGGGCAUUUAGUUCACUAAAAUGGCCCUCAGUUUUUUUGUCAUUUUGACAAUAACUAGACAAUCAUGAUUCAAAUGAAAAAAAUGUGCUUAAGGCUUUUAGUAAAAAUGACUAAGACUAGACUAAAUCUAAGAAAGAAUGCCAAAAUUAACACUGGAGUGGGCGCACAUAUUUCAAUCACUUUGGUUGUACUACUUGAAGCCACCAUAUGUGAUUCCGUUAUCCAAAUGAAAAGAAUGUGAUCCGGGAUGUGUCUGAUCCAGCUGCCUGCCUGAGAAAUGGGGCUCAGGAGGUGGCGAGGAGCUGCAGAUUGGAGCGUCACUGCUUCACAGAGCACAAGCUGUGGCUCCAUUCGCUCUGUGAAAGACUCAGUCAGUCGCUGUCACCCCGCCACGGCGUCUCUCACUGUGUAUUAAUACCCAGCGUGCACCCAGUGCACCAGGCGGGAGGGAAAUUAACGGGUCAGAUGAAUAUUUCAUGAUACUCUUUUAUUAGAUGCCAGGCAUGAUGCCACCAAUGAUGCCCGGGAUGAUGAUGCCACCUCGCAUGCCAGCUGCGACGAUGCAGCCAACAGGACCGGUAACCUCACUCGCCUGCCUCCUCCCCGCCUCACUGUUCUGCUUCACACUUCACAAAAUAGAGCCUGCAAGCUGUCACUACUGACAACAUUAGCAUAACUAACACGGCAAAGUGUAGGAACACUUACCAAUAUAGACAUAGGCUACCAAUAUAGAGGGAUUAAAAUAUGCAUCACACAACCUGAACAUGUACAUCCCUUCUCCAUAUUAAUUAAACACUCCUCAUUAAAAAAUAAUAAUUAGGCAACUUAUUUUCCUCUUAUAAUGUACAGGUACACUUUAUUUCUUUGUAUAAGACGAUACCACAUUGGUUGUUUCUUCCUCUUGUAUUCCUUCCACAAUAAUCUAUUAUCAAAUUAUUAUUUGGUGUUGUGUUAGGAAGAGUAUAUCUGUUUGUUUGCUUUGGAUCAAUGCUAUCUCAAACAAAAACCUUUUGUAUCUCAGUAGACAUUCAAAGUGACAAGAUCUUUUCAAUCUUAAAUUGGAAAAUAGUAAAAGAAAAAUAGCUUGUUUAAUGGAGCGUGUAUCCUUACACUUCCGUUUUCCCCCCUCCAGUAGAUGGUUGAGUGAGUUAUGGAAGUGUUCGCUACAUUUCAGUCUGAUGUGUUUUGAUUUCAACAGCAGCAAGCUGUUUAACUCGAUGCACCUAGAGCUGCCAAAUAAAUGUUUCACCUUUCAACUCGGAUGCAUCAAGACUCCAAAGAUUUUUUUCUUCACGUUAGAAGCUGAAUGGUAUAAUGUUGUGUUAAAGAGCAACUGCCCCUAAAAGCCAAUGUGGCAUCAAUGAGUCAAACAUUUAUUCUACUGUCAGAAUUGACUACAAAGUGUAAAUAGGAUCAUUUUGGUCAUAAAGUCAGUCUCGUCCAAAAUUGAGUUUUGUGAGACUUGUUGUCGUGACUGCAUCACAACGUAAAUUAAGGUUGGGUUUGUUUCAAUUCUACCAACAGCUGGCAGCACACAAGUAAUCAUCCAUUCGGAAUGCAGUUGCACGCGACUCGAUCUUAAUGCCUGUGGUACAUUUGGGUUGACUUUGGAUAUCCCUAUGGGGCUAGUUAGGGCACCAUUGGUAAAUUACACAAUGUACAUGGGACAAUAUGUUAAUUUAAAUAGCUCCAAAUUUAAAUUACUUAACCUCAAACCAACUCUAAAUUGUAGAAAUGCAUAUACGCCUUUAAUGAGAACUAAAAGGUGUGCAACAUGAAAAUACUGUCUCAUUUACAUUGUGUGAUUUAUUGACGGCCCCUAACUAGCCCCAGAGAUAGCCUAUUCAAAGUCAAACCAUCUUUGCCAUGAUCACACACCAUCCGGCUGAAGCUAAUUAGCUAAAUAAUUUGAUUAACUCUUCCCACCUGCACACACACACACACACACAUACACACCACACACCAUCAGGAAGUGCAGUUUUCCUUUAAUGAAGCAAAUUUGAAUAAUUAAGAUAUCUCUUUCACAGCCUGGAGUGGACACAGCUGGUAAGGCUUGAAACAAUAUAUUCUUGAAAUCUUGAAAAUAAAAAUUAGUCAUCUGAAGGAUUUUCAUGAAUUUUAAUUAUUGCAUUGUUUUUUAUAGUCACCGCUGUGCCUGGAACAGUUGUAAGUACAACCUGUUUUCUGUGGAUAAGUUAAUAUAAUGUAAUUUCAUGUAAUGAUUCUAGCACUAAAUUACCGACCCUACUAUAAUAUAUCUGCUGUUCAACAGGGUACCACAAAUGGCUCGCCACAGGAUGACCAACCAAAGAAUGUUAGUGAACAUGUGGACGCCUUUACUCUUCCUAACCACAAAUGAACCAUUGUUUUCUGUCCGAAGAUGUAGCCUUAAAGGAAAAAUUCACCCAUUUUGAGUGCUAUGUUGUUUUUGUGCGGCUCUGAGUGAUGUUCUGUCGAUUCCAAGGGUCAUUUCAUGUUUUCAUGUACAGUACCAGUCAAACGUUUGGACACACCUACUCAUUCAAGAGUUUUUCUUUAUUUUAUAAUAUUUUCUACAUUGUAGAAUAGUAGUGAAGACAUCAAAACUAUGAAAUAACACAUAUGGAAUCAAAAAAGUGUUAAACAAAUUCUUCAAAGUAGCCACCCUUUGCCUUGAUGACAGCUUUGCACACUCUUGGCAUUCUCUCAACCAGCUUCACCUGGAAUGUUUUCCCAACAGUUUUGAAGGAGUUCCCACAAUGCUGAGCACUUGUUGGCUGCUUUUCCUUCACUCUGCGGUCCAACUCAUUCCAAACCAUCUUAAUUGGGUUGAGGUUGGGUGAUUGUGGAGGCCAGGUCAUCUGAUGCAGCACUCCAUCCCUUUCCUUCUUGGUCAAAUAGCAUUUAUUUGGGCUGCAAUUUCUGAGGCUGGUAACUCUAAUGAACUUAUCAUCUGCAGCAGAGGUAACUCUGGGUCUUCCUUUCCUGUGGCUGUCCUCAUGAGAUACCGUUUCAUCAUAGCGCUUGAUGGUUUUUGCGACUGACCUUCAUGUCUUAAAGUAAUGAUGGACUGUCGUUUCUCUUUGCUUGUUUGAGCUGUUCUUGCCAUAAUAUGGACUUGGUCUUUUACCAAAUAGGGCUAUCUUCUGUAUACCACCCAUACCUUGUCACAACACAACUGAUUGGCUCAAAGCAUUAAGAAGGAAAGAAAUUCCACAAAUUAACAUUUAAGAAGGCACACCUGUUAAUUGAAAUGCAUUCCAGAUGACUACCUCAUGAAGCUGGUUGAGAGAAUGCAAAGAGUGUGCAAAGCUGUCAUCAAGGCAAAGGGUGGCUACUUUGAAGAAUCUUAAAUAUAAAAUAUAUUUUAAUUUGUUUAACACGGUUUUGGUUACUACACUCUUGGCAUUCUCUCUACCAGCUUUAUGAGGUAGCCAUCUGGAAUGCAUUUCAAUUAACAGGUGUGCCUUGUUAAAAGUCCAUAUGUGUUAUUUCAUAGUUUUCAAUGUCUUCACAAUUUUUCUACAAUGUAGAAAAUAGUAAAAAUAAAGAAACUCUUGAAUGAGUAGGUGUUUACUGGAUAUCUGAGCUAUUGCCGUAAAAGCAGGCAGAAAUACAGCCGUUAUGACAAGUUUUGCAUCAUACGAAUAGCUCAGAUAGACAUGAAAACAUGAAAUGACCCAGUGAAUCGAUAGAACAUCGCUCAGAUAUGCACAAAAAAACUACAACACUCAAAAUGGGUGUAUCUUUAAUUUAAGGAAAAGGCUUUGAAAUAUAAUAAUGAUAAGAAAUGACAUAAGAAAUGUAGCAUUUUUAUCACAGCGCCACCUGUUGAGUGCUUAAGGCAAAGUGUUGUCAUCCUCAGAAGUCUGUGUGGACAGAACAUAAGUCUCUGGAUGGGAAGACCUACUACUACAACACAGAGACUAAGCAGUCUUCCUGGGAAAAGCCUGACGACCUGAAAUCUCCUGCAGAAGUAAGGCCACACAUAUUAUGGUUGCGUCUCAAAUGACACCCUAUUGCCAUAGAGCUCUGGUCAAAAGUAGUGCGCUAUAUAGGGAAUAUAGGGUGUCUUUUGGGACACAGCCAUUAUCCUUCCCACACUGUUUCCUCAUUAACAGUAGAGGCCAUUCCCAGGCUCUAGCUGCAGCCACAAUUUGUCCCCACUGUAUUGUGGCGCGUGUCUAUACGCACUAUUUUCGCUUUGUGUUUUGCAGCAAAUGCUGUCUAAAUGCCCAUGGAAGGAGUAUAAAUCAGACAAUGGGAAGGCGUACUACUACAACUCCCAGACUAAGGAGUCCCGGUGGACCAAACCCAAAGAGCUUGAAGAUCUGGAAGGUGAGCCGGGCAUUAAUGAUCCUUUUCUAUUCUCCUGGGACGAACUGGGCCUGUAUCCACAAAGCAUCUCAGAAAAGGACCUAGGAAUCCUGUUAAAACCUGUUUUAAAACAACAACAACUCCCAGCUCAGUCUAGUUUUAAGGAUGAUGUUAAGACACUGCUCAGACAAACUCUGAGCCAGGUGUAAAAUCAACUCAUAAAAAUGUCUCAGCUGGUAUCACAACAUUUUGAGGUACCGCAAAGGAAAGAUAGUGAGAACGCUCAUUGACAUUGUUGCUAAUGAUGGGGAACCAAUCAUGAUGAGGCAUCGCCAGCUGUAAACUCUAUAGCACACUUGACAACCACGGUGAAUGUGACUGUACAAAUGGAUCACUUGAAAUAACAUGAUGUAGGUAAUUCAAUUACAUUAAAACUGAUUUAUUUAUUAGCCUACUGGUUAUAAGUAUUAGGCAUAACAUGUGAAAUAGGCCUUGUGAAAUCAUUGUCAAAAGCGCAAGAGAUACUGUCGCAUCUACAGUACAUUUGGAAAGUAUUGAGACCCUUAGACUUUUUCCACAUUUUUUAUUAUGUUACAGCCUUAUUCAAAAAUUGAUUAAAUAAAUGUUUUCCCUCAUCAAUACCACAUAAUGACAAAGCGAAAACAGAUUUUUAUAAAUUUUUGCAAAUGUAUUACCAAUAAAAAAACAAAUACCUCAUUUACAUAUGUAUUCGGACCCUUCGCUAUGAGACUCAAAAUUGAGCUCAGGUGCAUCCUGUUUCCAUUGAUCAUCCUUGAGAUUUUUCUACAACUAAAUUCAAUUGAUUGGACAUGAUUUGGAAAGGCACACACCUGUCUAGAUAAGGUUGGCAGUGCAUGUCAGAGCAAAAACCAAGCCAUGAGGUCGAAGGAAUUAUCUGUAGAGCUCCGAGACAGGAUUGUGUCGAGGCACAGAUCUGGGGAAGGGUACAAAAAAAUGUCUGCGGCAUUGAAGGUCCCCAAGAACACAGUGGCCUCCAUAAUUAUUAAAUGGAAGACGUUUGAAACCACCAAGACUCUUCCUAGAGCUGGCCGCCCGGCCAAACUGAGCAAUCGUGGGAGAAGGGCCUUGGUCAGGGAGGUGACCAAGAACCCGAUGGUCACUCUGAAGGACCUCCAGAGUCCCUCUGUGGAGCUGGGAGAACCUUCCAGAAGGACAGUCAUCCCUGCAGCACUCCGCCAUUCAGGCCUUUAUGGUAGAGUGGCCAGAUGGAAGCCACUCCUCAGUAAAAGGCACAUGACAGCCCGCUUGGAGUUUGCCAAAAGGCACCUGAAGGACUCUGACCAUGAGAAACAAUAUUCUCUGGUCUGAUGAAACCAAGAUUGAACUUUUUGGCCUGAAUGCCAAGCGUCACGUCCGGAGAAGCAUGGUGGAAGCAUCAUGCUGUGCGGAUGUUUUUCAGUGGCAGGGACUGGGAGACUAGUCAGGAUUGAGGGAAAGAUGAACGGAGCAAAGUACAGAGAUCCUUGAUGAAAACCUGCUCCAGAGCGCUCAGGAACUCAGACUGGGGCGAAGGUUCACCUUCCAACAGGGAAACGACCCUAAGCACACAGCCAAGACAAUGCAGGAGUGGCAUCGGGACAGGUCUCUGAAUGUCCUUGAGUGACCCAGCCAGAGCCCGGACUUGAACCCGAUCGAACAUCUCUGGAGAGAGUCUCUAGUGCUGUUGCGGUUACGAAAUUUAGUCAGCCGGUGAUUGUCAAGCAAAUAACUGUCGGUCUCAUGGUAAUUGACCGUUAAUUAACAUAAACACAUUUAGCAUCUCCAGGCUUCCACACAGCCUACAAGCCACUUAUGCCGGCCUUUGGAACAUAUACAUUUAAGUCUAAUAAAUCAUGUAAUAUAGCCUACACCAUCACAAUAAAUCCAUUUAUUUAUUUUAGACAGGUCUAAAGAAGCAUGAAAAUGUAGUCUAUUUCAGAAUAGCAUACUCUGAGUUGUCCUGAUCUGGCUAUGCCAAAUGGCUGUGGGCUACACUAGUUCAUUUAGCAGACAAGAUUUGCUUAGAAUUCCGUGGCAUUAUUUUAUAGCAUGAAGAAUACAAUUGAACAAACCUGAAUAAAAUACACUGCUUAAAAAAAUAAAGGGAACACUAAAAUAACACAUCAUAGAUCUGAAUGAUUGAAAUAAUCUUAUUAAAUACUUUUCUUUACAUAGUUGAAUGUGCUGACAACAAAAUCACACAAAAAUUAUCAAUGGAAAUCAAAUGUAUCAACCCAUGGAGGUCUGGAUAUGGAGUCACCCUCAAAAUUAAAGUGGAAAACCACACUACAGGCUGAUCCAACUUUGAUGUAAUGUCCUUAAAACAAGUCAAAAUGAGGCUCAGUAGUGUGUGUGGCCUCCACGUGCCUGUAUGACCUCCCUACAACGCCUGGGCAUGCUCCUGAUGAGGUGGCGGAUGGUCUCCUGAGGGAUCUCCUCCCAGACCUGGACUAAAGCAUCCGCCAACUCCUGGACAGUCUGUGGUGCAACGUGGCGUUGGUGGAUGGAGCGAGACAUGAUGUCCCAGAUGUGCUCAAUUGGAUUCAAGUCUGGGGAACGGGCGGGCCAGUCCAUAGCAUCAAUGCCUUCCUCUUGCAGGAACUGCUGACACACUCCAGCCACAUGAGGUCUAGCAUUGUCUUGCAUUAGGAGGAACCCAGAGCCAACCGCACCAGCAUAUGGUCUCACAAGGGGUCUGAGGAUCUCAUCUCGGUACCUAAUGGCAGUCAGGCUACCUCUGGCGAGCACAUGGAGGGCUGUGCGGCCCCCCAAAGAAAUGCCACCCCACACCAUGACUGACCCACCGCCAAACCGGUCAUGCUGGAGGAUGUUGCAGGCAGCAGAACGUUCUCCACGGCGUCUCCAGACUCUGUCACGUGCUCAGUGUGAACCUGCUUUCAUCUGUGAAGAGCACAGGGCGCCAGUGGCGAAUUUGCCAAUCUUGGUGUUCUCUGGCAAAUGCCAAACGUCCUGCACGGUGUUGGGCUGUAAGCACAACCCCCACCUGUGGACGUCGGGCCCUCAUACCACCCUCAUGGAGUCUGUUUCUGACCGUUUGAGCAGACACAUGCACAUUUGUGGCCUGCUGGAGGUCAUUUUGCAGGGCUCUGGCAGUGCUCCACCUGCUCCUCCUUGCACAAAGGCGGAGGUAGCAGUCCUGCUGCUGGGUUGUUGCCCUCCUACGGCCUCCUCCACGUCUCCUGAUGUACUGGCCUGUCUCCUAGUAGCGCUUCCAUGCUCUGGACACUACGCUGACAGACACAGCAAACCUUCUUGCCACAGCUCGCAUUGAUGUGCCAUCCUGGAUGAGCUACACUACCUGAGCCACUUGUGUGGGUUGUAGACUCCGUCUCAUGCUACCACUAGAGUGAAAGCACCGGCAGCAUUCAAAAGUGACCAAAACAUCAGCCAGGAAGCAUAGGAUUUGAGAAGUGGUCUGUGGUCACCACCUGCAAAACCAGUCCUUUAUUGGGGAUGUCUUGCUAAUUGCCUAUAAUUUCCACCUGUUGUCUAUUCCAUUUGCACAACAGCAUGUAAAAUUCAUUGUCAAUCAGUGUUGCUUCCUAAGUGGACAGUUUGAUUUCACAGAAGUGUGAUUGACUUGGAGCUACAUUGUGUUGUUUAAGUGUUCCCUUUAUUUUUUUGAGCAGUGUAGAGAGGAUAUCAAACGAUUUGAGGGAGUGCGCACAUGCGGCUGUUCUGUGUUGAGCAGUUAACAAAUAAAUAGUUAUUCCUAUAUGCUUAAUUUAUAGUUAUUAAUGUAACUUUAGUUGUUCUACAAAUGUUGGGCUAUAUGUUUAGAUUUUUAAUACAUUAUAAGGCUGCAUGAUGCGACUAAUAAUGAUUUGAAAAAAAUCGCUUGAAAGGCAUGAGCUCUGCUUUGUUUUUUGCGCAGGCUGUACACACUACAUCAGUCACUUAUUCACUAUUUGACAAGCACUUGAUAAUGCCUAGAAUUUCACUGCGGCAUCCCCUUUGUGUGGCCAUAAUGCACCCUAAAAAAAUCCAUGCCGUUGUGCCCUUCUCCCUGAGUGCUGCGCACUACAUCACGUGUGGGGCGGCAGGUAGCUUAGUGGGUAAGAGCGUUGUGCCAGUAACCGAAAGGUCGCUGGUUCUAAUCCCCGAGCCGACUAGGUGAAAAAUCUGUCGAUGUGCCCCUGAGCAAGGCACUUAACCCUAAUUGCUCCUGUAAGUCGCUCUGGAUAAGAGCGUCUGCUAAAUGACAAAAAUGUAAAAUGUAAAAAUGUGAUCGGGUCUUUCUCACAGGCUACAAGUGAAGACCAACAUAUCGGGGACGCAACUGCGCAUAUUCUUAUCCAAUUCCGAGGUGCAAAUUGAAGAUAUUGGAAGAAAUGUCCACAUUUUCUUUUCGUCAGCCAACAAGAUGAGUAGGCCUAACGAACAGCAAAAGCACUAGCCUAUGUCAAUCUACUAUCCCCCAUAGUACAAAGGUCGACCUAUUCUAUUCUGUGCGAGAAAUAAAUAUUCCAAACAUAGUCUGGGACAGUUGUGGGAUGCGAUAGAUCCCAAAUUAAUUCAACCACUAGCAUCAAAAAAACAGUUUUACGCAAUGUGGCUGACGCAACAGAUCAGAACGUUUAGCUUAAAAUGUUGAUAAACUAUUCGGCUAUUUAUUCACAUUAUAAGCACAGCAAUGCGCAUAUAGUAGUUGGCUAUAAGCGCGGAUGUUCCAGUAGCGCAAAACACCAUUAUCAAAAGUGACUGCAAAUGCAAUUAUGCAUGUAAUGCGUUUAUUAUAAAAGGAGUUGUUUCUUAUGCUGGGCAUCAUUCACAAGUGAUAUAUAAUUCACAAUAUUGUCACCCAUCAGACUAUUCUUGAUUUAAUGUUGUCUUUACAUAUACUAAAUAAUAUGUGUGAAAUUUGUUUUGAUUUGGAAUGGACCAUUGUCAUGCACCUGUAUCGAAACAGGGGCAGGGGGAAAAAAUACAUGUCAUCUAUGCUCUUAAAUAGCGAAUGGAGGACGCUCUUCCCCAUGGUUUAUUUUCAUGCCAGCUAGGUAGGCUAUACUCCUGUUGUAAAUAUAAGCAAUGUGCUUAAUAUUAUGAAAGUUGAGAAAUAAAUAUAGUAGACCUAGCCUAUAGAAAGCUGAUGGGAUCCUCCUAUUUUUAAUAGAGGCCAUCACACUGUUUUCUCGCGCAAUUGCAUAGCCUAUUGAAAUGUUGCGCAACAAGAGCUCAUGGGCUCUCAUGAAGUGUUUGAUUAGAUUUUCGAAUACAUUUGCAUUGAUGUCAGAGUGAUUAGAGGGACAAUGGAGUGCUGUGUACCAGGCAGUUAUUAGCAAGUUUGGUAGGCUACUAAUGACCAUCAGCAGCAUCAGAGCUUGGAGAAGCCUAAUUACCGUGACUACAUCCAAUUCCAAUUGACAUUUAGCAGACGCUCUUAUCCAGAGCGACUUACAAUUAGUGAGUGCAUACAUUUUUCGAACCCACAACCUUUGCGUUGCAAGCGCCAUGCUCUACCAACUGAGCUACAGGAGGGCCUAAACGGUCACGUGGAAUUUGACUGCCUUCAUGACUCGUGACCACCGGUGUGGCGGUAAUACGGUCACCGCAACAGCCCUAGGAGAGACCGGAAAAUAGCUGUGCAGCGAAGCUCCCCAUCCAACCUGACAGAGCUUGAGAGGAUCUGCAGAGAAGAAUGGGAGAAACUCCCCAAAUACAGGUGUGCCAAGCUUGUAGCGUCAUACCCAAGAAGACUCAAGGCUGUAAUCGCUGCCAAGGGUGCGUCAACAAAGCACUGAGUAAAGGGUCUGAAUACUCAUGUAAAUGUGAUAUUUACGUUUUUUUCUUAUUAUAAAUUUGCAAAAAUUCCAAAACCUGUUUUUGCUUUGUCUUUUUGGGGUAUUGUGUGUAGAUGAGGGGCGGAAAAACUAUUUAAUCCAUUUGAAAAUAAAUCUGUAACAUAACAAAAUGUGGAAAAGGUCAAGGGGUCGGAAUACUUUCCGAAUGCAUUGUUGGUCUAGAUUAUUUAUGGAUUGAUCAUAUAGUAAUAUCAAAACGUUUUAACAACUCCAAAGCAAUUGCAUGUGGGGCAGGAACCACUGACUCGCUGCAAUUUUCUAUUAUCAAGACGCCUGCGGUAAUUGGUUAGGACAGUUCAUGUGGUGUCCUACAUAUCUGUCAACUAGGUGUGACACUUAUGACUAAAGAUGCUUCAUGCAUAGCUUUAAUUUUUACCCAUAACAGUAGGAGUAAAAUGUCUCUCUUCUCAGCAACAAUUUCCUACUCCUAAGACGCUUUGUGGAUACGGGCCCAGGCCAGGGGAUGCAUUUACUCAUCCUUUUAGACCAGCGUAAAUGGCACGGUUGUCGUCAAUGGACAUAAACAGCUAUUGGUAAUGAUAGAUCAGUCCAUCAUCCAGCCCUUUGCACAAACUCAUCUUAAUGCCAUUCAUUCCUAGAAAUGAAAUGUGUUCCUAAAAGUAUCCUGCGUAGGCAUUGUUAACAUGUGUAUCUCUCCUCUCUUUUAGCCAUGAUAAAAGCUGAGGAGAAUGGGUAAGAGCUGCUUAUUAUUACCACUACUCAACAAACUUUAUUGCCAAAGCCUUUUACUUUGUAUCACAGCCAAUUACUUUGUAAAUUAUAAAAUAUCUUUGUAGAUGACGGAACACAUUAACUUCAUCAAUUGAUCAAAAAGACAUAUCCUUUAAUAUUUUAUUUGUAGAUAUAUGUGAAUGGAAUGACCUAAUUAUUUUGACAUUGGAGAGGCACUCUCCUGUUAUGUCUAACAACAUAAUGGUGGAUGAUGCUGUAUGAAGGUCCACCAUAAAUAAUAACUGAACUGAUUACAGGAUGUCGGAGGUAGGCGCUCCUGGCACUGUCAUCACCCCCACCCUUCAGCUCGACAGCGCUGUUGCAAUGGCAACCAUGAUGAUGGAAAUGCCGGCCAUGAUGCCAGCUACAACCGUCUCAGUGGAACAGAUGUCCCUGGUGCCCAUGCAUGUAGCUGAGGUCAACACUGACUCGCCUGUCAACUCCACAGAGGACGUGGCCGGCGUGGAGGCCUCACCCAGGUUGGUACCACUGAUAGCCCCUUUACCCCCAGAGAGUUUAGAGACAGACUUACAAUGAACUCACCAGGAAUAGCAAGAAAGCACUGACACUUUCACCUAUUUUCCCCAUCUCAUAUUUUAAUCUAUAUCUGCCUAUAAAACUUCAAAAUACCCACAAAAAAUAUAUAUUUAAAAAGGACACAAUCAGACUACCAAAAACCUUGGUGCUGUUUUAUCUUAGGUCAUGGUCUCCCGAGUGGCGCAGUGGUCUAAGGCACUGCAUCGCAGUGCUAGCUGUGCCACUAGAGAUCCUGGUUUGAAUCCAGGCUCUGCUGUAGCCGGCCGCAACCGGGAGACCAAUGGGGCGGCGCACAAUUGGCCCAGCGUCGUCCAGGGUAGGGGAGGGAAUGGCAGGCAGGGAGGUAGCUCAGUUGAUAGAGCAUGGCGUUUGCAACGCCAGGGUUGUGGGUUCGUUUCCCACGGGGGGCCAGUAUGAAAAUAAUAAUGUAUGCACUAACUGUAAGUCGCUCUGGAUAAGAGCGUCAGCUAAAUGACUAAAAUGUAAAUGUACAUGUCUUUCUCUUCCUUUCCCUCUUUCUUUCCUCUAGUAAUGACGCCUCAAAAGAGGAGAGGCCAGAGCUAGUGAAGAAAACAUACAAGUGGAACACGAAAGAAGAGGCCAAGCAGGCUUUCAAAGAGCUCCUGAAGGAGAAGGUGAGAAUUCCAGAUGGGAUUUCAUUACUCUCCGGCUGCUCAGUCAGGGCUCCUGCAUGAAUCUCCAGCAUGAAUCAUCAGCAUGUAUCAUCCCAAUGAUCGUUGGAAAUUCCAAUCUGAACAUUACAUCAAUACAAUGCGCUCAUAAAGGCAAAGCACACUCAUCAACUGUGUCCGUGAAGCCCACACACUUCUGUCUCAGAACCACUUUCACUGGGUUGUAAAUAAGGUGCUCGAAGCGCUGUUAUGACUGGACUGUAAUAAAGCUGGAGUGUCCUCCGACCUAAAGAUUGUUUACCCAUAUGGCCCUCUUGGACUAAUUAAUCCAUCUCGCCCAGCGUGAGCACUCUCAGGUCUUAGCAUGAUUGCUAAGCCUCACUGCUCCUCCUGUUGCCGGUGUGGCGAAGGAUGUGUUGUUUUUGACCAAGGUGGCUCAGCGCGGCUAUAUUUAGGUCUUUUUUAAUUUGGCACAUAAUGCUCUCCUCUGAAAUUGCUCCUUGCCAUUUCCCUGCGAGUUCUUAAUGGCUCUGUCUUUAUGAUUAGCGUUAUUGGAUGAAAGCAUGCGACCGGAUUAGGACAGUGGAGAGUGGCAUGCUCCACUGGGUUAGAAUAACUCUGGUUGCGUUUGAAAUAACAGCCUAUUUCCUGUAUAGUGCACUACUUUUGACCAGGGCCCAUAGCCUAAUAGUGCACUAAAUAGUAAGUCGCUCUGGAUAAGAGCAUCUGCUAAAUGACUAAAAUGUAAAUGGGGAAUAGUGUGCCAUUUGGGGUGCAACCUAUGACGAGGCAAAUAAAGUGCAUUCGGAAAGUAUUCAGACCCCUUCUCUUUUUCCACAUUUUGUUACGUUACAUCCUUAUUCUAAAAUGGAUUAAAUAAAUAAAAAUCCUCAUGAAUUUACACACCCCAUAAUGACAAAGCAAAAACAGGUUUUUAGAAAUGUUUGCAAAUGUAUUACAAAUAAAAAACAGAAAUACUUUAUUUACAUAAGUAUUCAGACCCUUUGCUAUGACACUCGAAAUUGAGCUCAGGUGCAUCCUGUUUCCAUUGAUCAUUUACAUUUUAGUCAUUUAGCAGACGCUCUUAUCCAGAGCGACUUACAGGAGCAAUUAGGGUUAAGUGCCUUGCUCAAGGGCACAUCGACAGAUUUUCACCUAGUCGGCUCGGGGAUUAGAACCAGCGACCUUUUGGUUACUGGCACAACGCUCUUAACCACUAAGCUACCUGCCGCCCUUGAGAUGUUUCUACAACUUGAUUGGAGUCCAUCUGUGGUAAAUUCAAUUGAUUGGACAUGAUUUGGAAAGCUGUCUAUAUAUAAGGUCCCACAGUUGACAGUGCAUGUCAGAGAAAAAACCAAGCCAUGAGGUCGAAGGAAUUGUCCAUAGAGCUCAGAGAAAGAAUUGUGUUGAGACAUAGAUCUGGGGAAGGGUACCAAACAAUGUAUGCAGCAUUGAAGGUCCCCAAGAACACAGAGGCCUCCAUUCUUAAAUGGAUGAAGUUUGGAACCACCAAGACUCUUCCUAGAGCUGGCCGCCCGGCCAAACUGAGCAAUCGGGGGAGAAGGGCCUUGGGCAGGGAGUUGACCAAGAACCCGAUGGUUACUCAGACAGAGCUCCAGAGUUCCUCUGUGGAGAUGGGAGAACCUUCCAGAAGGACAACCAUCUCUGCAGCACUCCACCAAUCAGGCCUUUAUGGUAGAGUGGCCAGAAGGAAGCCACUCCUCAGUAAAAGACACGACAGCCCGCAUGGAGUUUGCCAAAAGGCACCAAAAAGACUCUCAGACCAUGCGAAACAAGAUUCUCUGGUCUGAUGAAGCCAAGAUUGAACUCUUUGGCCUGAAUGCUAAGCAUCACAUCUGGAGGAAACCUGGCACCAUCCCUAUGGUGAGGCAUGGUGGUGGCAGCAUCAUGCUGUGGAGAUGUUUUUCAGUGGCAGGGACUGGGAGACUAGUCAGGAUCGAGAAAAGAUGAACGGAGCAAAGUACAGAGAGAUCCUUGAUGAAACCUGCUCCAGAGCGCUCAGGACCUCAGACUGGGACGAAGGUUCACCUUCCAACAGGACAACGACCCUAAGCACACAACCAAGACAACGCAGGAGUGGCUUCGGGACAAGUCUCUGAAUGUCCUUGAGUGUCCCAGCCAGAGCCCGGAACCCAAUCGAACAUCUCUGGAGAAACCUGAAAAUAGCAGUGCAGCAACACUCCCCAUCCAACCUGACAGAGCUUGAGAGGAUCUGCAGAGAAGAAUGGGAGAAACUCCCCAAAUACAGGUGUGCCAAGCUUGUAGCGGCAUACCCAAGAAGACUCAGCUGUAAUCACUGCCAAAGGUUCUUAAACAAAGUACUGAGUAAAGGUUCUGAAUACUUAUGUAAAUGUGAUAUAUAUAUCCUAUUUUCGAUGUAUUUUUUUAUUAUAAAAAAAAAACUGUUUUUGCUUUGUCAUUAUGGGGUAUUGUGUGUAGAUUGAUGAGGGGGAAAAAAAACUAUUUAAUCGAUUUUAGAAUAAGGCUGUAACUUAAGAAAAUGUGGAAAAAGUAAAGGGGUCUGAAUACUUUCCGAAUGCAAUAUACAUGCCCAGAAAUCAUCCGUUCAUAAUGGAUGGAAACAUUCACCCGUCUUAAACUCUUUAUGUAUCGCCUUGCCUGGAACAAGCCAGAGAAUCUCAUCACCGCUCCUUCUUUUAUCUUUCAGAUAGGCUACACAUGCAUACAUGUUCCUAUACACGGGUGCAUAGAUUCAAUACAUAGGCUACACCCUGCAUAAUGUAUUGUUUACUGUUGAUGGAAAUGUGAGCUGCACUCAUACACAGCUUUGCUAUAUAUGAGCUGUGAUGCAGAUUAUACAGCUGGGUUGAUUUGUGUUGACUAGAGUACUUUAUGUAGGAAUCAAAUCUUAAUGCUCGAUAUCCUCUUUUUACAUUUCAGGGCGUUUCAUCCAAUGCGUCUUGGGAACAAGCCAUGAAAAUGAUCAUCAAUGACCCACGCUACAGGUACCCACCCACUUCCUUGUUUUUCGGAUUAUGCUAAUGUAAUCCAUGAAUAUUAAACAACUUCUCUAACCAGCUGUUUGAUGUUUGUCCCUAUUUCUCAUUGAAGUGCUCUGCCGAAACUAAGUGAGAAAAAGCAGGCCUUCAAUGCUUACAAGGUGCAGACGGAGAAAGAGGAGAAAGAGGAGGCUAGGAUCAAGUACAAGGAGUCCAAGGAAACGUAUCAGCGAUUUUUGGAAAGUCACGAGAAAAUGACAUCUACCACCAGAUACAAGUAAGUAUCUUUCUUGGUAAAGUCUUGUUGCGUCCCAAAUGGCACCCUAUUCCAUACAUCAUGCCCUACAUGUUUUAUUUUUACUUAUCUAUUUUUCACCUAACACUUAUUUUCCUUAAACUGCAUUGUUGGUUAAGGGGUCGUAAGUAAGCUUUUCACUGAAAGGUCUACACCUGUUGUAUUCGGCGAAUGUGACAAAUAAAAUUUGAUAGUGCACUACUUUUGACAAGGGCCCAUAAGAAUAGGGUGACAUAUAAGCAUAGGGUGCCAUUUGGGAUGCAAGCCUCAGUCUUUGUACUUCUACGUUUCUGUCAUUAAUAUGUGCUUCCUGGAGUUGCCAAUAUGUGACGAUAUUGGGAUAAUCAAUGAAACCAUACAGAUGUGAACCAAGUGAGUUACUGACUAUUAUAAACUGAGUGGUUCAAGCCCUGAAUGCUGAUUGGCUGAAAGUUGUGGUAUAUCAGACCGCAAACCACGGGUAUGACCAACUUUUUUUUUGUUACUCUUUUAAUUACGUUGGUAACCAGUUUAUAAUAGCAAUAGGCACCUCGGUGGUUUGUGGUAUAUGGCCAAUAUACCACGGCUAAGGGCUGUAUCCAGGCACUCCGCGUUGCGUCGUGCAUAAGAACAGCCCUUAGCCGUGGUAUAUUGGCCAUAUACCACACCCCCUUGGGCCUUAUUGCUUAAUUAUAUGGCCAGAGCACCAAUAAUAUGCCCCCACUUAAUCAUCGACGCUGACCUUUCUGUGGUGUAGUUGUGGUCGGUCCAUGGCCCAUAUCUAGCCAAACCAGACUUAUUAUUAGCAGAAUAAUGUAUUUUUUUAUUGUUACACCGGAUAGGUGCAGUGAAAUGUGUUGUUUUACAUGAUCAGCCAUAGUGGUAUAGUGCCCCUGGAGCAAAUUAGGGUUAAGUGCCUUGCUCAAGGGCACAUCAACAUAUUUUUUUCACCUCACUGGCUUGGGUAUUCGAACCAGCGACCUUUCGGUUACUGGCCCAACGCUCUAACUGCUAGGCUACCUGCUGCCUGACAAGCUCUAAUAGAUGAGUAAACACUGGUAGUACACAGACAGAAUAAACCCCAUCCAUCCCUAAAACAAAACAUUGCUUUAUCAGAUAGAUUUUAGCAUUUUGACUUCCCCUGCAUGUGAAUCCACCAAAUUACCAUGCAGGCUCUCUCUCUCUCUCCCUGUACUCGCUCUCUCUCCCCCUACCCCUGUCCUGUCUGUCUUUCUGGGUGUGAUAGUCACUGACAUGGCUCCAGGGGAAGUGAUCGACCUUGACAACCAGCCAGUUUGGAGGCCACUGGCUGGUGUUGUCGAGGCAACUAGGACGAACAGCUGGGGGGUGACAUCAGGGUCUUCUGACUGUGUCACAUUCCUUUUCAUGUUUUUAGAACCCACUCAUCCUAGAACUACUACUACUCCACUGGCCUCACUGGUAGCAUGGAGAUAAUUAACUAGAUAUGGUUUCCCCGCGUCUUGAGGUAUUUGGAAUGCACGUUUCUUCUCAUGAAGAAUUGUAGGCUAAUUUUAUGUCUUGGACAAUUGUGAUCAUCUCAAACAAUAGCUGCAGUGCUUUGAGCUGGGCGAGCAGCAAUAGUAAUGGUUUUAGCUUGUGUAAUGCUGCCCCCGUGGGGAGCAAAGUGUCAUUGCAUUUGGAGUCUGGAUUUCCAACUUAUUCCCUCCUGAUUUUGGGAAUCUUCCAAAUUGGAUUUCUGAAAACCUGGGAAUUUUGGGAAAGUUACCGGAAUUUCGCAACCCUAUUUGUCAUGCAUUACUUUUUUUUUCAUGACUGUGGUUGUAUCUGUGUGUGAACCAGGAAAGCAGAGCAGAUGUUUGCGGAGCUAGAUGUGUGGAGCACCGUCCCAGAGAGGGACAGACUGGAGAUCUAUGAAGACGUCCUGUUCUACCUAGCCAAGAAGGAGAAGGUCAGUUUUAUUACUGUUAGGCUGCCUUUUCACAACUACCACUUUAUUCUCUUCCAUUAUCCUAUCUACAUUCACUUGCCAAUGUUUAAUCCUAUUUCAAAUUAAACUUUUCUAUUUACAAAAUAAAUCUAGUGUGAGGAAAAUAAUGUAUUUGAUCCCUGGCUGUCUGAAGAACAGAGUAUUACUAUCAGGGUUGGGAUCAAUUCCAUUUCAAUUCAGGAAAAUGGAAUCGGAAUUUCAGUGUACUUCCUGAAUUGAAAUGGAAUUGAGCCCAACGCUGAUUACUAAGGACAUUAUCUGUCAGAAUGUGUUGACCUCAUCUUCACUCUAGUCUGUUCCAUCUUUGUCAUAUGUGUGGUACAGGAGCAAGCCAAGCAGCUGAGGAAGAGGAACUGGGAGGCUCUGAAGAACAUCCUGGACAACAUGGCCAAUGUGACGUACCGCACCACCUGGUCCGAGGCCCAGCAGUACCUGUUGGACAACCCCACCUUCGCAGAGGACGAGGAGCUCCAGAGUAUGCUGCUCACUCAUUCAUACUGGCUGCAUCCCAAAUGGCACCCAAUUCCCUACAUAGUGCACUACUUUUGACCAGAGUCCUAUAUGGCUCUGGUCAAAAGUAGUGCACUAUAUAAGGAAUAGGGAGCCAUUUGGGACACAACCUUACUCAGCGCUCUGCAUUUAUUUAACUAGAGCAGCAGAGCUGUUACUUGUGCGUCAUAAAAAAAAGGGUGUCUGUCUGUGAAUUUGAAUACGUGAACGACUGAACAGGCUGAGUAACUGAAGUCUGUGAAUGACUGCUCUGUCCAGUCAGGUGUGUGUAGAAGAGGGACUGUUGUGUGAGUGCUCUGUUGACGUUCUCCCCUCUCUCUGUUUCUCUCCUUUCUUUUCACUCCUUGCUUACUUCAGACAUGGACAAAGAGGACGCUCUGAUCUGUUUCGAGGAGCACAUCCGAGCGCUGGAGAAGGAGGAGGAGGAUGAGAAGCAGAAGACACUGCUGAGGGAGAGGAGGAGACAGCGCAAGAACAGAGAGUCCUUCCAGGUGAGAAAGACGGGCCUCCUACCGUACCCCACCAUGGAGCGUUUUGGGAACAGUGUACACGGUAGAGGAUUAUGUGGUCCUCUGUAGCUCAGCUGGUAGAGCACGGCGCUUGUAACGCCAAGGUAGUGGGUUCGAUCCCCGGGACCACCCAUACACAAAAAAAAUGUAUGCACGCAUGACUGUAAGUCGCUUUGGAUAAAAGCGUCUGCUAAAUGGCAUAUUAUAUAUUAUAUAUAUUAUAUAUUAUAUUAUAUAUAUUAUAUAUAUUAUAUAUUAUGAUACAAACAAUGCUAACACCAUAGAAUUACAUAUAGAACAUUAGAAUGGAUAUUGGUAGCCUAGCAACAUGGUAUGGAUCAUUUGGACCGUCUUGGUUCAUUCUUAAAACGGAUCAAAGUGAGUUAUAGGAUUUCUAUGACUAACACAGACUGAAGAAAAAGGCCAAAUAGUUUGUCAGGCGUUUGACUGUAAUACUGUACUGGAAAAGUACAGGAAAAUAGGAUGGAAUGUUUGCGUGUGUUGAUCCCUCUCAGGGAUGUCAUUUAUUCAGGUUGCGUCCCAAAUGGCGCCCUAUUUCCUUUAUAGGGAAUAGGGUGCCAUUUGGGACGCAGCCCAGUCAUUUCAGUUGGUUUGCUGAGCCUUGUGUUUUUUCACCCCAGAAAUUCCUGGACGAGCUCCAUGACAACGGUCAGCUCCACUCCAUGUCUGCCUGGAUGGAGAUGUACCCCACCGUCAGCUCCGACAUCCGCUUCGCCAACAUGCUGGGCCAGCCAGGUAUGAGGACGCCCGCUGCAUGCGCGCGCACGCUCGCUCACACCAGGGUUUCCGUUAGCCGCUAAUAGCCGGCUUUAGGCCGAUAUUUAUUUUUAUUUAAAUGAAAAUAAAUAAAUAAAUAAAAGGUACAAAAGCCAAUAAAUAAAAUUGCAGCCGGCCAAUUGUCCAGGAGAAGAAAAUAUCCCAUUGCCAAAUAAUGCUUUUUAUCCUAUUCAUUGAUGGAAAUAGCAGUCGAUGGAAAUACAUUUGACUGGUCAUGCUUAUCGGACAUUUGCAUAAUUUUGUGCAGUUAAAUUGCCGCAUGUGUACAGUAUAUUCCUUAUGUAUCUUAUUUAUCACACACGUGCACAGCAUACAGAUACAGAGCCAUUGAGUGGAAAAUCUGUCAGACAGUACGAGAGCUGCUGCUACAGAAUCUCAAACAGCAAAUGCAUAGUCAACAGAAGGCAGGCUUCAUCAGCACGUCACACACCACUUUGCAAUGAGCUGGAGGCAGGAUGUGUUCUGAAAACAUACAGUGAGGGGAAAAAAGUAUUUGAUCCCCUGCUGAUUUUGUACGUUUGCCCACUGACAAAGACAUGAUCAGUCUAUAAUUUUAAUGGUAGGUUUAUUUGAACAGUGAGAGACAGAAUAACAACAAAAAAAUCCAGAAAAAUGCAUGUAAAAAAUUUUAUAAAUUGAUUUGCAUUUUAAUGAGGGAAAUAAGUAUUUGACCCCUCUGCAAAACAUGACUUAGUACUUGGUGGCAAAACCCUUGUUGGCAAUCACAGAGGUCAGACGUUUCUUGCAGUUGGCCACCAGGUUUCCACACAUCUCAGUAGGGAUUUUGUCCCACUCCUCUUUGCAGAUCUUCUCCAAGUCAUUAAGGUUUCGAGCCUGACGUUUGGCAACUCGAACCAUCAGCUCCCUCCACAGAUUUUCUAUGGGAUUAAGGUCUGGAGACUGGCUAGGCCACUCCAGGACCUUAAUGUGCUUCUUCUUGAGCCACUCCUUUGUUGCCUUGGCCGUGUGUUUUGGGUCAUUGUCAUGCUGGAAUACCCAUCCACGACCCAUUUUCAAUGCCCUGGCUGAGGGAAGGAGGUUCUCACCCAAGAUUUGACGGUACAUGGCCCCGUCCAUCGUCCCUUUGAUGCGGUGAAGUUGUCCUGUCCCCUUAGCAGAAAAACACCCCCAAAGCAUAAUGUUUCCACCUCCAUGUUUGACGGUGGGGAUGAUGUUCUUGGGGUCAUAGGCAGCAUUCCUCCUCCUCCAAACACAGCGAGUUGAGUUGAUGCCAAAGAGCUCGAUUUUGGUCUCAUCUGACCACAACACUUUCACCCAGUUCUCCUCUGAAUCAUUCAGAUGUUCAAUGGCAAACUUCAGAUGGGCCUGUAUAUGUGCUUUCUUGCGCAGGGGGACCUUGCGGGCGCUGCAGGAUUUCAGUCCUUCACGGUGUAGUGUGUUACCAAUUGUUUUCUUGGUGACUAUGGUCCCAGCUGCCUUGAGAUCAUUGACAAGAUCCUCCCGUGUAGUUCUGGGCUGAUUCCUCACCGUUCUCAUGAUCAUUGCAACUCCACGAGGUGAGAACUUGCAUGGAGCCCCAGGCCGAGGGAGAUUGACAGUUCUUUUGUGUUUCUUCCAUUUGCGAAUAAUUGCACCAACUGUUGUCACCUUCUCACCAAGCUGCUUGGCGAUGGUCUUGUAGCCCAUUCCAGCCUUGUGUCGGUCUACAAUCUUGUCCCUGACAUCCUUGGAGAGCUCUUUGGUCUUGGCCAUGGUGGAGAGUUUGGAAUCUGAUUGAUUGCUUCUGUGGACAGGUGUCUUUUAUACAGGUAACAAACUGAGAUUAGGAGCACUCCCUUUAAGAGUGUGCUCCUAAUCUCAGCUCGUUACCUGUAUAAAAGACACCUGGGAGCCAGAAAUCUUUCUGAUUGAGAGGGGGUCAAAUACUUAUUUCCUUCAUUUAAAAUGCAAAUCAAUUUAUAACAUUUUUGACAUGCAUUUUUCUGGAUUUUUUUGUUGUUAUUCUGUCUCUCACUGUUCAAAUAAACCUACCAUUAAAAUUAUAGACUGAUCAUUUCUUUGUCAGUGGGCAAACGUACAAAAUCAGCAGGGGAUCAAAUACUUUUACUGUACUUAAUUGUUUGAAACCUGAACGUUUUAAUACAUUUUAUGAGGCAUGUCUUCCCUUGCUUCAAAGUAGCCUAGCCAAAAUCAGACCAUAUCCGUGGAGGCAAUUAUUUUAUAUCAACUUUAUUUCAUUGUCUAGUAGCCAAAGGCACAAUCCUAGUCAUAUUAGCAACCCAUGAUAGCUGUUGCAUAUUAGAUCUCCCCUCUUUCAACAUUUCUAACGGAUAUUUUCAUCUGUCACAUGAAACCAAUCGCAUGUGCGGUGCGCUUUGACAUCAGUGUUUUCCCGUUAAUUGCAUUAUGGAACGAACAUUCUGAUCUGUUGCAUCAGACUCAUAGCUUUUUAACAUUCUUAUUUUUGUUAUGUAGCCUAGGCCAACUGGUUGAAUUCAUUUGGGAUCUCUCGUCCCAUAACUGUCCCAGAGUCAGUUUGGAAUAGUCUUUUUCUUUCUCGACAAGCUGACCAAUAGAAUAGGUAAACUUUUCUACUAUAUGGGGGAUAGUAGAUUGAUAUAGGCUAGUGAUUUUGCUGUUUGUAACUCGUCUUCUUGGCUACGAAAAAUAAAAUCUUCAAAGUGCGCAUACGAAUUCGGUAAGAAGGACCACACAUCGUUGCAUCCUUGAUUUGCAUGUUCUGUUAAUAUGAAUGACCAUAAUCUAAAUGUGAUUUCUGUCAUUCUGAGCACCGUGAGUGGACGCCCUAAUCGGGUUACGCACCCAAUGCAUAUGGGUCCGGUAAAUUUCUCAAAUGUCCGGUAAAUUAGCGUUCAAAUGUAUGGCGCCACAUAUUCCUAACGGAAACCCUGGCUCUCACACAAGUGUACACACAUACUUACAUGCGCACACACACACACACACGUGGACGCACACACUGAUAGACACACGCACAUGCGUGCACCUUAUCAAUAUUGUUGUUCUCUUAGCCACUUGUACUGUGGUGAUAAUGUCAUAUUCUACUUCUGCUGCUCUGGUUCGUGGUCUCUGCCUUUCUUUAGCCUUUGGUGUUGUGGUAACCAUGUGUUGUCAGAGCACAUCUUGAAUAACACGUGCAUGUUAGUUUAUGGUGUCUAUUCUGCAGGCUCCACUCCCCUCGAUCUGUUCAAGUUCUACGUGGAAGACCUGAAGGCUCGCUACCACGACGAGAAGAGGAUCAUCAAGGAUAUCCUGAAGGUGUGAGAUGUUACCUUCUCCUGUGUUUUCUGCCACAUAGUGUAUGAGUCUCAAAUGGCAUCCUAUUCCCUAUUUAGUGCACUACUUUUUGCCUAUAUAGUGCAUUACCUUUCACCAGAGCCCUAUGGUACCUGAUCAAAAGUAGGGUACGAAAUAGAGAGUAGGUUGCCAUUUGGGAUGCAAUCUACUUUACAGCGUAGAUAUUGUAUAAUCUCCACUUUGAUUUCAUGCACAAUCGCCUCAUUAUCAUUAUUUUAUUAACUCUCUUCUUUCCUCCACACAGGACAAAAACUUCUUGGUCGAGGUCAACACUAGCUUUGAAGACUUUGGCACUGUGAUUAGCUCAGACAAGAGAGCCACGACGCUGGACGCAGGCAACAUCAAGCUAGCCUUCAACAGUGUAUGAGCUCUUUGAUUUAUACCUACACCACCAUUUCUGUGUCCGAAAUGGUACUAUAUUAACUAUACACUGAGUGUACAAAACAUUAGGAACAUCCUCCUAAUAUUGAGUUGCACCACCCUUUGCCCUCAGAACAGCCUCAAUUCGUCAGGGCAUGGGUACAGGGUGUCGAAAGCAUUCCACAGGGAUGCUGGCCCAUGUUGACUCCAAUGCUUCCCACAGUUGUGUCAAGUUGGCUGGAUGUCCUUUGACUGGUGGACCAUUCUUGAUACACACGGGAAACUGUUGAGCGUGGAAAAAAGCCUGCAGCAUUGCAGUUCUUGACACAAACUGCUGCGCCUGGCACCUACUACCAUACUCCGUUCAAAGGCACUUAAAUAUUUUGUCUUGCCCAUUCACGCUCUGAAUGGCACACAUACACAAUCCAUGUCUCAAGGCUUAAAAAUCCUUAUUUAAUCUGUCUCCUCCCUUUCAUCUACACUAAUUGAAGUGGAUUUAACAAGUGACAUCAAUAAGGGUUCAUAGCUUUCACCUGGAUUCACCUGCUCAGUCUGUCAUGGAAAGUGCAGGUGUUCUUAAUGUUUUGUAAACUCUAUGGGCACUGGUCAGAAGUAGUGCACUAAAUAGGGAAUGGAUGCCAUUUAGGAUGCAGAAUGCUUCACUGACGAUCAGUGACCUCGCUGUGCUUCUAAUAACUACUGUGUGACCUCCCUCUCUCCUCCUGUACCCAUGUAGUUGCUGGAGAAGGCGGAGGCUCGGGAGAGGGAGCGAGAGAAGGAGGAGGCCAGGAAGAUGAAGAGGAAAGAGGCUACCUUCAAGAGCAUGUUGAAGCAGGCCACUCCGGCCCUGGAACCAGAGGCUACCUGGGAAGGAGUAUGUGUUGAUCUGUUACCUUUCUCACACACACACACACACACACACACACACACACACACACUCUGUCUUACUGUUACCUUGCAUCAGAGGUGUGGUUCGAGUCACAUGACUUGGACUCGAAUCUGACUCAAGUCACAAAUUUGACAACAUAGAAAAUAAAAUAACUUGAGACUUGACGUGGACUUGAGACUGAUGACUUGAAAUUAUCUGGCCAGGUUUUGUAACGUUUUGUCACUCAUUUUGUUGCACAUCUUGACUGUUGACCAAUCAGUCAUCAGCAUUGGCGCGCAAAGGCGGGCUCACAUAUCCAGAUUUAAAAAAUAAAAUAAAAUAAAAGAUUAGUGACCAGAAAGUACUUGCUUAAUUUUCUCCGGUUUUGCCUGGCAAAAACAAAGUACGUUUAUAUUAUCCAUAUAAAAUACCGUUUAGCAAUCUGCUACAGACGCAUCCUUGCCACAACAAUAAUAGGCUACCUGGCAAUUUGAUUGAUAAUUGUUAUAUUUCAGAUAGGCCGAGUGUGGGUGGCUACUUGCUAUAUGACUAAAGAUAGCUGUAACAUCGUACUGCCUUCAAUAUUAUGGGAUGAAGAUGUAACAUUCAGGCGAAUUAAUUACAGUAUUUGUGAGGAAGAAAGGGCUACACAGUUGGCGAGUGAUGGCGCGCGGUGCAGACAGAACAUGCUUUCCAUCCGGUCCUGCAACCUCUGCUGCUUGCAUGUACCGUAGGAUUCUGCUUGCUCUGGACUCCAGAGAAAUGACAUGAUUAUCCCUACUUGAUAUUGGCUGCUAACAUGAAUGACUUUCAGCUAAAAAUGCAGUUGUAAAAACAUGGUUUAUUUCUUUAUCUUCAGUUUUGAAAAUGUAUUGCCGUUUAAGGCUGUAAUGACUGGCUACAUUUGCACAGCCAUUAUACGCGCCUGUUUGCAAGCUUUGAACCACUCCUUUUUGGGAGUCGCAAGCCAACAGAUUUCUGAUUUGCUGUACAUUGGAUUGGGUUCAGCGCAAACAUCCAAAUUGUAGGGGGAGAGGAUUGCCAUAAAUAAAUAUGCAGCUCCAAAAAUUGCUUGGUGAUGAAGAAUAUUAACUGUUUUAGUUUGCAAGCUUACCAGCUAUGGGGCAUCAAGCAACACUUACUAGCACAGGCCUACUGGUCUUUUGGCAUGUCAAAAUUGCUUGAAAUUGAUCAUUUACUUAUGAAGCUUGUAUUUGGAAUUUGUUGUUCAAAUGAAUUAUUACGUAAUCAUCAUAUGUUGUAGACAAAAUAAUGAAAAUGGCUGUCUGGUAGCCUCAAUAAAUAGAAAAAGAUUUGUAGUCAGUGUAUAUAUUUUUUUGUUUGUUUUACUUGACUUGCGCUUAGAAUGCAGAACUUGGACUCGACUUGAGACUCAGACCUUGUGACUUGAGACUUGCGACUUGCUUGUGACUCGAAUAAUAGUGACUUGAUCCCACUUCUGCCUUACACACACACAUAAUUGUUACCUUUCUCACACACACACACAUUGGUGUUAUCAAUGGGCUACUGUCUGGCAAAUACAGUGUAUUCGGAAAGUAUUCAGACACCUUUACCUUUUCCACAAUUUGUUACGUUACAACCUUAUUCUAGAAUGGAUUAAAUAAAUACAAUUCCUCAUCAAUCUACACGCAAUGCCCCAUUAUGACAAAGCGAAAACAGAAAAUACCUUAUUUACUUAAGUAUUCAGACCCUUUGCUAUGAGACUCGAAAUUGAGCUCAGGUGCAUCCUGUUUUCAUUGAUCAUCCUUGAGAUGUUUCUACAACUUGAUUGGAGUCCACCUCUGGUGAAUUUAAUUGAUUGGACUAUAUAAGAUUCCAUAGUUGACAGUGCAUGUCAGAGCAAGAACCAAGCCAUGAGGUCGAAGGAAUUGUCCGUAGAGCUCCGAGACAGGAUUGUGUCGAGGCACAGAUCUGGGGAAGGGUACCAAAACAUUUCUGCAGCGUUGAAGGUCCCCAAGAACACAGUGGCCUCCAUCAUUCUUAAAUGGAAGAAGUUUGAAACCACCAAGACUCUUCCUAGAGCUGGCCGCCCAGCCAAACUGAGCAAUCGGGGGAGAAGGGCCUUGGUCAGGGAGGUGACCAAGAACCCGAUGGUCACUCUGACAGAGCUCCAGAGUUCCUCUGUGGAGAUGGGAGAACCUUCCAGAAGGACAACCAUCUCUGCAGCACUCCACCAAUCAGGCCUUUAUGGUAGAGUGGCCAGACGGAAGCCACUCCUCAGUAAAAGGCACAUGACAGCCCGCUUGGAGUUUGCCAAAAGGCACCUAAAGACUCUCUCAGACCAUGAAAAACAAGAUUAUCUGGUCUUAUGAAACCAAGAUUACUAUUUGGCCUGAAUGCUAAGCGUCACGUCCGUAGGAAACCUGGCACCAUCCCUACAGUGAAGCAUGGUGCUGUCAGCAUCAUGCUGUGGGGAUGUUUUUUGGCGGCAGAGACUGGGAGACUAGUCAGGGUCAAGGGGAUAAAUUAACGGAGCAAAGUUCUAGAGCGCUCAGGACCUCAGACUGGGAUGAAGGUUCACCUUUCAACAGGACAACGACCCUAAGCACACAGCCAAGACAACGCAAGAGUUGCUUCGGGACAAGUCUCUGAAUGUCCUUGAGUGGCCCAGCCAGAUCCCGGACAUGAACCCAAUCGAACAUUUCUGGAGAGACCUGAAAAUAGCUGUGCAGUGACGUUCCCCAUCCAACCUGACUGAUCUGCAGAGAAAAAUGGGAGAAACUCCCCAAAUACAGUUGUGCCAAGCUUGUAGCGUCAUACCCAAUAAGACUCGAGGCUGUAAUUGCUGCCAAAGGUGCUUCAACAAAGUACUGAGUAAAGGGUCUAAAUACUUAUGUAAAUUAUAUAUUUAUAUUAUUAUAAUUUUUUAUACAUUUGCUAAAAUUUCUGAAAACCUGUUUUCGCUUUGUCACAAUUGCAUCCAUUUUAGAAUAAGGCUGUAACGUAACAAAAUGUGGAAAAAGUAAUGGGGUCUGAAUAAUUUCCGAAUGCAAUGUGUGAUUUGAUAGUCAUGCAAAUAUUGGAAAGCAAACCUUUUGUUUUCUGACUUCAUAUUCUCUCUUUGGUCGUGUUAGGUCCGAGAAAGAUUCCUCAAAGACUCUGCAUUCGAAGACGUGACUCUGGAGUCUGAGAGGAAAAGGAUAUUCAAGGACUUCAUACAUGUCUUAGAGGUAAGGCUCAUAUAACUCUGGUAACCUCUGUGGGGAAAUAAGUACCCCAACAAUGUCAGUGGUAGCAUCCCAAAUGGCACCCUGUUCCCUAUAUUGUGCACUACCAGGGCCCAUAUAGCUCUGGUCAAAAGUAGUGCACUAUAUACGGAAUAGGGUGCCAUUUGGGACACAACCAGUGUCACGACAUACAGUACACCAACCUGACUGCUGUUUCUUCUCCUCACAGCACGAGUGCCAGCAUCAUCACUCCAAGACCAAAAAACACUCCAAGAAGUCCAAGAAGCACCACAGGAAGCGCUCCCGCUCUCGAUCGGUUAGUAGUUGGCCCCGACACUGCACAACCCAAGACACCUCUGCUGCCUUUAUUUCUUCAUCUCAAAUGGCACGCUAUUCCCUAGAUAGUGCACUACUUUUGACCAGAGCCCUAUAGUUUAUAGGGAAUAGGGUGCCAUUUGGGAUUCCGCCUACAUUUGUAUCAGCAUGGCACCUCACUAGACAAACCCUCCUACUACAUCGCACACUUCUCUUCUCUCUGCAGGGCUCAGAGUCUGAAGGUGAAGACGAUUAUCACACCAAGAAGAAGAAGCGCUCACAGUCCAAGUCCCCGUCCGAGCGCUCCUCCAGCGGGGAAUCUGGUCAGUGGUUUUCCUAUGUAUAAUCCCUUUGUUUAUUCUUUUUAUCAUCACACACAAUUUAAAACUUGAAUGAUAAUUGUGAUAUAAGGAUAAUGAUCGUGUAUGAUGAAAAAGUAUUUUCUGCUGAUAGGAAUGUAUUGUACCAAUAACCUUGACUAGAAGUUAUAAAAUGAAAUACAAAUGUAUCACUGACAUCCCUCUCCAUUCGGUUAACAGACAGAAGUUAUAAGAAGUCCAAGAAGCACAAGAAGAAGGGGAAGAAGAGGCGUCACAAGUCGGUAGGUUCUCAGGACGGAAGUAUCUUUACGGAGGAAUGUUUGGGCCACUGUGGAAAGAAUGUGAAGCCAAAUGGCGGACCGUGCACUUAUUCUUUUGACCCGGUCUUUCAGCAAUCUCCUGAAUCUGAAGGCGAACGGAAAGAGAAGGGAGGAAGAGAGCGGGACGGCAAGCGGGAGAAGGACCAGGAGAAAGAGAAGGAGAACGACAAGUCCCGGGGGAAGAGUCGCUCCGAAUCCAAGCAGAAGUCACCUAAAAGGAAAUCUACCAAGGAGGAGGUGAGUCGUACCAUUCCGGUCACUAAACCUAGCCAUGCAUCUGGGCUUUUAAGGCUUUGAAAUAAAGAAAUACUCCAUGCCUGUACACAGCAGUUGUAUCCAUUAAUUUUGUCCCAUCCUAGUCCCAGUGAGGUGUUUGCUGUUCUGUUUCCUAGUGCAGGGGUCCCCAAUAACAUUCAGCCUUGGGCUGAUUUUUCCUUGAGCGGAUGGUCGUGGUGCCGGAAGAUAGUUCUAAUACUUUGUACACUGCAAAUUGACCGCAAGAAUCCCAAACAGAUAUGGUAUUUCACCAAAACGCAAUCAUUUCAAACCUUGAUUACAUUGUGAUAUGAUCACAUAUGCCUUUAUGCUGGGGAAUCCUGGUGAUUUUACAGUCUUAUGUCCAACAACAAAAAUGAUUUAAAGUGACUCCGGUUCUGGAUUUGCUGGAACCCAACUUGCUGUGGCUAUUGAUACAGAAUCUUAUUUUUAUUUUUUUUCAGAGCUGCUGCCCACUCUGUUGUCUACCUAGCUUCUGCUCAGUGCUUCAGCUCCCACGUCCCCCUUCUUAACAUGGAGGGGAAAACUUCAUGGUCGACAUGUUUGAACAGUGCAUUCCAUGCCUCGAGUGAUUUCAUGUAAUUUUUUUAAGGAAGGGUGUAAGGCUGCCUUCAGCUUUCAUGUUGUACACAAAAUACAUGAUCGACAUGUUGGUACAAACAUCGUUGUCUGUUGUAACAGUAUAUUUAGGCAAGCAAGAGGCAUACAGGCAGUCAAAAUAGUGAUUCUUUACUCAUUAUCAUUGGCUAGCUCUUUUUUUAUAGCAACUCACGCUACUAUAUGGCAGCAUGAAGAUUAUCAUCACAAAUAGGGACGAUAGCGCAACGCCAAACGAACUCGCGCAGUGUCAGACUCUGGUUAUCGGUCCGGAUACACAUGCUCGGGCUGCCUAGGACGUUUGGCUUCCCAGACGUGGAACAGCUAGGUAGCUUAAUCAUGCUGUACUUGCAUGAUCAUUGAGAAGCGAAUUAACAGUUUGUGUGUGGUUAAAACGCAGAUAGUUUUUUGCCCCAAUGCAAAACUCAAGUGAGGAGUUGUUUUUACAGGAACUGUGGUUAGUGGCUAUGAUAUGGCAGCAACUAUAAAGAUUAGCCUACAUCACACAAAAUGCUGCUUGUUUUUGCUCCAAUGCAAUGUGUAGGGACUUUGUCCUGCUUGUGCAACUGCAAUAUCCGUUACAACAGACACAGAAGGUUGUAUACUUUAUAGACUUCAACAAAUAUUUUGGAGAAUGUUCGUUCAAAUCGCCGCAGGUUUUUUUUAUUUCAGCUGUUUAGAAAUAUGAGGCAGAGAGGCUAGAUCAUGCAGAGGUUUCCGGAGGGCAUGUCUUAGAGGUAAGACAGCCUUUUUUCAGGGCUCAGAACUUUUGGGGGGCAGAUAAAACCACCGGUGGGCCGUUUGUUCGGGGACCCUGUCCUAGUGCAUCCCAAAUGUCACUCUUCUACUUUUGACCAGAGCCAUAUGUAUGCGUAAGAUCCUGAUCAAAAGUAGUGCAUUAAAUAGGGAAAAGGGUGCCAUCUGGGAAGCAUCCCUAGUAAAAUUAGUAAAAUAGAAGUAGUGCUGAGCGAUUAGUGCUUUUUGAGGUCGGUUCGGUUUCUGUUCGAUUUAUAAAAAUUAAAAAAAAAACACGGAUUUAGACAUUAAAUGCACUAUACAUUAUGUGGGUUGAAUCCUGUAACAACAUAGAAUAAAACAAUUAAUAAAAGUCCUAUGAUGGUAGUGACUGUCCAUUACUGCUUAUCACUUAUCACACCUGUGAGGGGAACGGCACCUCCGUAUCUUCAGGCUCUGAUCAGUCCCUACACCCAAACGAGGGCAUUGCGUUCAUCCACCUCUGGCCUGCUGGCCCCCCUACCUCUGCGGAAGCACAGUCAAAACUGUUCGCUGCUCUGGCACCCCAAUGGUGGAACAAGCUCCCUCACGACGCCAGGACAGCGGAGUCACUCACCACCUUCCGGAGACACUUGAAACCCCACCUCUUUAAGGAAUACCUGGGAUAGUAUAAAGUAAUCUUUCUACCCCCCCAAAAAAAAAAACAUAUUGUAAAGUGGUUAUCCCACUGGCUAUAAGGUGAAUGCACCAAUUUGUAAGUCGCUCUGGAUAAGAGCGUCUGCUAAAUGACAUAAAUGUAAAUGUUAACCAUUUAUUCACAUUACAUUUGUUUUAUUUGAUGACUAUUAUUUCAUUCUAAGUCAUCUCAUCUCUAUAGAGCUGCUGCCUAUGCUGUCUGACAAAAUCACUAUUUUGUAGUUAUUUAAAGUAAAUAAGGCAUACUUUUACGACUGCUGAAUACCAACUAUCAAUCACUUAGAUCAUGUAUUUUCAGGCUCGCGAAGCAACUGCUCUCUAUCCCUCUCGAUUGCGUGUUCCGAACAAAAUGGAAUUCAAAUGUCGGUGUCGGUCAAUUAGUUGUUUAAAAAAAACUACGUAAUUUCGGUUUAUCGCUCAGCACUACCUAGAAGUCACCAGUGUUGUUGGAAAAUGUGGGUUUUGAUGUCUUGUCUUUGUUGUGUAGGGUGGCUGGGACACAUCAGGCAGCGAGCUGAGUGAAGGAGAGCUGGAGAAGAGGAGAAGAACUCUACUGGAACAGCUGGAUGCUCCUUGAUCCACUUUUUUCCUCAUGCUGUCUAUUCCCUUCAUCCAACAUGCAUUCCCCCCCCAGUGCUUAUUUUUCAGCGUAAUGCCACACAUGCUUGGACUUAAGGUUACACAAUUCCGGUAACUUUCCCAAAAUUCACGUUUCCCAGAAAUCCCGGUUGGAAGAAUUGUGUAAUUCCUGUCAAUUUUGGGAAAGUUACCGGAAUUCUGCAACCCUGUUUGGACUGUGUGUGAACUACCCCCCUUUAUGUUUAGUAAAAUGGGAAUGAACCAGCCACACUGGCAAUAGAAUGCUUGGUAAAUAUUUGCUCUGUUUUCUUACGUUAUGGGAAGUGGUCACAGGCUGAGUUGUGAGUGACUACUUUGAUGUCAGAAGAAGGUCAACUGUGUGGACAUUUAG